UGUUUCAGAAAAAUGACAACUGAAUCCGAUAACGUUGUUGUAACUGAAUUAGCCCCAGUGGCAACCCCUACUGUGCCCCAAGUGCCAGCGAUGCCUACUGCUGUACCAAUCUCUGUCUCACCAGGAGAAAAACCAGAGAAGUUCAGUGGACUAAAUUUUAAAAGGUGGCAACAAAAGAUGUUAUUCUAUUUGACCACGUUGAAUCUUGCAAGAUUCUUGACUGAGGAUGCUCCUAAGCUCAAAGAAGACGAGCACGAUAUCCAAGUCAUCAGUGCUAUAGAUGCUUGGAAACAUUCUGACUUCUUGUGUAGAAAUUAUGUCAUGAAUGGUUUAGCUGAUUCGUUGUACAAUGUUUAUUCUGACAAGAAAACAGCUAAGGAGCUAUGGGAAUCUCUAGACCGGAAAUAUAAAACUGAGGAUGCCGGGGCUAAGAAAUUUGUUGUGGGUCGCUUCCUCGACUAUAAGAUGGUAGAUUCCAAGACUGUGGUAAGUCAAGUCCAAGAACUUCAAGUAAUCUUGCAUGAGAUACAUGCUGAGGGAAUGAUGUUGAGUGAAACUUUCCAAGUAGCAGCUAUUAUUGAGAAACUACCCCCUGCUUGGAAAGAUUUUAAGAAUUACCUCAAGCACAAAAGAAAGGAAAUGAGCAUCGAGGAUCUAAUUAUUAGACUUCGCAUUGAAGAAGAUAAUAGAAGAUCUGAAAAAAAGGGGCGCACACUCUAA